UUAAGAGUAAAUGAAAUAUAAUUUUUUAUUUUUUGCAGAUUGUAAUUUCAACGUUGAAAAUCAAAGAACCCUGUAAUCAUCAUGAGCAGAUCACGCUUACCCCCACCCCCGGGCCGUAGUAGACCUUUACCACCCGAGCCUCCGUCAGGGGAGUCCGGUGAUGCCCCACCCCCUCUGCCAAAUAGACCCGGUCAUGGAGGUAAACCAGGACAUGGUGGGGGAAGACUCCCACCUCCGCCAGUACAAAAUGGCCAGGACGAACCAGUAGACGACUAUUUGGAGCCAGAUGACUGGAGCAACAGCCCGCCUCCCGUAGUCCCGCCCAAAAAUUUUUCACCAGAGAGCAGCGAUGAGGACGGUCAGACGUAUGAGGAGCCGGACUUACCCCCACCCCCUCCUCAGUCACGGCAUCAUGCACCCCCACCUGAACCUGAACCUUUUGAACAGGAAACUUAUGAUGAUCUAGAAGAUGUCCAGCCUGAACAGCCUGAAGAACCAGGGGAGACAUAUGAUGAGUGUGACAUGAAACCUUUAGCACAACAACAGCAACAACAACAACAGCAACAACAGCAGGCAUACGAGGACGAUCAGUGUUUAUAUGAGGAGGAGCCACCAUCUGAUGACUAUCCCCCUCAUCCAGAACCAGAGGAGGAGUCUGACUGCCUGUAUGAGUUUAUGCCGGAGAAUGAAGCUUCACCGUCACCACCACCGCCACCAGUGUCACACCAUAGACCUAAUAUACCACUCCCACCUCAACCAAACUCUGCCCCUAGUCUCCCGGCCAGACCUCCACCUACAAGGCCUCCAGAUAGGGAUCCCAGUCCAGAGUCAGUACCAGAGCUUCCAGGGAGACCGGCUCAAACUGCCAAAUUGGCAAGGAAAGUAUCUGGUGAAGGGCCACAAAUUGGUAUUUCUUUAGAACAGAUUGGUUUCAAAAGGGCCAAUUUGAAAAAGGUAACUGACGAGCCCAUAAAGCCGGUAAAGCCACAAGAGCCAGUUUCAAGAGAUGAACCUGAUGAAAGUUCAGCUGAUUCAAAUUCAGUGAAGGCUCGAAUCAAUAUGUUCAAACAGGCAGAGAAAGAUGACUCUGAUACUAGUGACACAUCAGACUCCGGAGACUUCCAGUCUCAGAUAUCAAAAGCAAGAGGUUCACUCAGAUCAAAGACCCAAUCUAAAAAUAACUCUCCUUCAGUUGCCAUAGAAACACAAAAAAAUAUUCCAACUGAUAUAUCCAAAUUAUCAAUCCAGGAAAGAAUUGCUUUAAUGAAAGGACAACCUAUGGGUGACCACAAGCCUAUCACACCAUUAAAGCCGAAACCGAAUGCCAAGCCCACCCCUACUGCCAGACCUACCCCACCUUCAAAACCCUCUAAGGCACAGCCUUCAUUUAAGCCUCAAACACCAUUUAAACCAGUCAAACAAGUAACAAAUUAUCAAGCACCUAGUGCUGUUCCACCACAUUACACGUCACAAUCUCAACAUGUUGAGGAGCCAUCCAGUAUUCAUCAGAAUACAACUUGGAGUCAGCCCGAGACUAUGAAGCCAGCUGAAGUGAAAUCCCCACCUCCACCAGUGAAAUCUCCACCACCACCAGUGAAAUCUCCACCCCCGCCAGUAGUUCCCGCCCAAAGUUUUGACGAAUGUGAUGAUAUUUAUGAUGAAGGCUUCAGUUUUGUUCCUGAUCCAAUGAGCAAAGAAGAAUGGUACCAUGGUGAAAUAGAAAGAGCAGACACAAACAAUAGAUUGAUGUCCAUAGGACAGGAUGGGACAUUUUUGGUGCGUAAAAGUAAACAAGGAGGAGACACACAGCCUUAUACUCUUGCCGUCCUUUACGAAGGUCAUGUAUACAACUUGAAGAUGAGGGUCCGUCCAGAUGGACAAGUGGCACUUGGUGAAGAAAAACCUGAUGAACUGGCAUUUAAAGAUGUUCCGGCUUUAAUUCACCACCAUAAAAGUCAUGAUGUUAUAUUGUUGAAUGUAAAAGAGAAGAAACAACAUAAAACAUUACUGAAAAAACACCCUAUAAAUAUCAAUGGGUAAUUAGAGAUGACAGAAUGUUCCUGAUAACAUUUAUUAUAAAUCAGGGGUUAUAGCCCGACAUUUGUUAACUGUAUUGACUCAUGUCUUAUGUUAAAUUAGAGUUGUUAAAUAUAUUAGGCUUAUCUACACAUUUGAUAAUUUGAACAAGGACUUUUUAUCUGGCAUAAAUUACGAUUUCAUCUGCAUGAUAUUAAAGUGGCAUUAUGCUCAUCCAACUGUAAAUGGUGAGUUGUACGAGUAAAAAUAAGUUUACAUUUUGCUAUAAUUGUGUUCAAUUUAAUAUAAUCCCCAUGCAAAAAUAAUCCAUAGUUUAUGUGACACAAAGGUGUUUCUGUAAAUAGCGCUCGGAUGUAUCUGUAAUGGUCAAUUUUUAAAAAAGACUGGGGCAGUCUUUUUAUGAAAUAGGUAAUUUUAAUUUUUUUUAUCCUUAAAAUAUUCCAAUAUCAAUAACUGGUCAAAUCACCUUUAUAAUAGUCAAUAUCUUGAAAUGAAAACUAAUUCAACUCAACUUGACAGCAAAAAAAUGAGCAUAAUGUCACUUUAAAUAUGUAAUACAAAUGGUACAAAGGAUCAUUUAAAUUACCAUCCUUGAAAUAGUAUUGGCUUAAAAUUCUUUUAUUUAAUUUGUGUUCAUUAAAAUGAUUAUUGAUCUACAAUAACUCCUUUUAAAAGAAAAUAAUUAUGUGUGAUUAGCUCUGAAAAUGAUUGGCAUUAAUAAAAAGAUAUUGUGCAAAUUUUAAUAUAUUUUAAAAAAGAAAUGUAAAAAAGAUUAACUAAACUGAAACAAAAACAUAUUUUGAAUAAGUUUUUGACAAAUUUUAGUUGUUGUAAGAUUUUAUAUACAUUGAGUUAGUUUAAGGGUAAUUAUAUCAUUACAUAUGUUUAAUUAAGGUUUAUUCUAGACUGUUUAAUAUGUACCAAAUUAUUUUAGUUUUGUUAAAAAAUUGUUAGAGAUUUUAAUGUGAUGAAAACUCCUUUAAAGUAGAAAAUAAAAUCUUGCCUUGUUCAGAAUGACAUAAUGUAACACAACAGUGUUGGAACAAAUAUCUGAAAAAGCAACACAAUGUAAAAUAAAACA